CGUUUCCAGUGUGUUUGGCAACCUUGUCACGGUGAUUAAACCCCGAUUUUCGGGGUGUAACGUGGCCUGCAACCGUCUUCGUCGUCGGCGCUAGGGUUUUCAGAGAAACGCGGUGGCGGUUCCGUUCGAAAUCGAAACCGGAGAAGAAGCGUAGACACACAGUGAGAGAGAGAGAGAGAGAGAGAGAGAGAGAGAGAGAGAUGGAGGAGGAAGAAGUGAAUUCGAGGCACAAAAUCCGCAACAUCUGCAUCCUCGCACAUGUGGACCACGGCAAGACCACUCUCGCCGAUCAGCUCAUCGCCGUCGCGAGCGGCGGCAUGGUCCACCCCAAGGUAGCGGGUCGGGUCCGCUUCAUGGACUACCUUGACGAGGAACAGCGCCGAGCCAUCACCAUGAAAAGCUCCUCCAUCGCCCUCCGCUACAACCACCACACCGUCAACCUCAUCGACUCCCCUGGCCAUAUCGACUUCUGCGGCGAGGUAUCCACCGCCGCGCGUCUCUCCGACGGCGCACUCCUCCUCGUUGACGCCGUCGAGGGCGUCCACAUCCAGACCCACGCCGUUCUCCGCCAGUGCUGGAUCGAGAAACUCUCGCCUUGCCUUGUUCUCAACAAGAUUGAUCGGUUAAUCACCGAGCUCAAGCUUACUCCCUCUGAGGCUUACUCUCGGUUGUUGAGGAUUGUUCAUGAAGUUAACGGUAUCCUCAGUGCGUAUAAAUCCGAGAAGUACCUCUCCGAUGUUGACUCCCUCAUUGCCAGCAGCAGCAGUGCCGCCUCCGGCGGCGAGUUUGUCGAGGAUGACGACAAUGAAGACGUAUUUCAGCCACAGAAGGGGAAUGUGGUGUUCGCGUGCGCGCUGGAUGGUUGGGGUUUUGGGGUUCAUGAGUUUGCGGAGUUCUAUGCGUCUAAGCUUGGGGCUAGUGUGGGGGCAUUGCAGAAAGCGUUGUGGGGGCCGAGGUAUUUCAAUCCGAAGACGAAGAUGAUUGUUGGGAAGAAAGGGAUUGGUGGUGGUGGUGGUAAGGCUAAGCCUAUGUUUGUUCAGUUUGUGUUGGAGCCCUUGUGGCAAGUUUACCAGGGUGCUCUUGAGGGGGAUGGAGAGUUGGUUGGUAAGGUUAUAAAGGCCUUUAAUUUGCAGGUUCCGGCGAGAGAGUUGCAGCAUAGGGAUCCUAAGGUUGUGCUUCAGGCGGUUAUGAGCCGUUGGCUUCCUCUCUCGGAUGCCAUUUUGUCAAUGGUGGUUAAGUGUAUGCCAGACCCUGUGGCCGCACAGGCAUUUAGGAUUUCACGGCUGAUUCCUGAGCGUGAGGUGGCUGCUGGGGAUGGGGUUGACCCGAGGGUGGUGGAGGAGGCGAAGCUCGUGAGGAAAUCUGUGGAGGGGUGUGAUUGGGGACCUGAGGUUCCUUGUGUUGCCUUUGUGGCCAAGAUGUUUGCUGUCCCUCUUAAAAUGAUUCCUCUCCAAGGUGGGGAGAUUGUGAGUGAUGAAGGAGAGGGUGAUUCUGAUGAGUGUUUCUUGGCGUUUGCUAGGAUCUUCAGUGGGGUUUUGUCUGUGGGGCAGAGAGUUUUUGUGCUUUCUGCUUUGUAUGACCCCCUAAAAGGGGAGUCAAUGCAAAAACAUAUUCAGGAGGCUGAAUUGAAAUCCAUGUAUCUGAUGAUGGGACAAGGGUUGAAAGUAGUGACAUCGGCCAAAGCAGGGGAUGUUGUUGCUAUUCGAGGCCUUGGCCAGCAUAUAUUGAAAAGUGCUACCCUUUCUUCUACUAGGAACUGUUUGCCUUUUUCAAGUAUGGCAUUCCAAGUUGCCCCAACAUUGAGAGUUGCAAUUGAGCCAUCUGACCCUGCAGAAAUGGGUUUGCUGCUCAAAGGAUUGAGACUUCUGAAUCGAGCUGAUCCGUUUGUUGAGGUCACAGUGUCUGGAAGAGGAGAGCAUGUUCUCGCUGCAGCUGGUGAAGUUCAUCUAGAGAGAUGCAUAAAGGACUUGAAGGAGAGAUUUGCCAAAAUAAGCUUGGAAGUCUCACCGCCCCUUGUGUCCUACAAAGAGACCAUUGAGGGAGAGGUGUCCAAUGUAAUGGAAAAUUUGAAGGCUCUUAGUAGGAGCUCAGACUAUGUUGAGAAAACAACCCCCAAUGGAAGAUGUAUUAUUCGUGUGCAGGUGAUGAAACUUUUACCUUCGCUUACAAAGGUGCUUGACGAAAGCUCUGAUUUACUUGGAGAUGUCAUUGGAAUAAAGUCCGGACAGACAGUAAAAAAUAUGGAGACCCGAAGACCUAGUAUUCUUGAGGAUGAUAAUUCAGCUGAAGUGCUAAAGAAACGCAUAAUAGAUGCAGUAGAGAGUGAUAUAUUGAGUAGGAAUGAGAAUGACAAGGACCAUGCCGAUAAAUGUAAAUUGAAGUGGCUAAAACUUUUGAGUAGGAUAUGGGCCCUUGGACCAAGGCAGAUUGGUGCUAACAUUCUCUUCACUCCUGAUAUUAAAGCAGAAAGUACUGAUAACUCUGUUCUCUUACGAGGUUGUUCUCAUGUAUCUGAAAGGUUGGGCUUUGUGGCAGAUUCUAGUAACAGUAACUCAGUUUCUGAGACAUCUUUAGAUGACAACGAAGCUUGGUACAUGGAUGCUGAGCGUCUUGAGAGUAGUGUUAUAACUGGGUUCCAACUAGCCACUUCAGCUGGACCCUUGUGUGAUGAACCUAUGUGGGGUUUGGCAUUUGUUGUUGAGGCACGUAUAUCUCCAUUUACAGGGCAGUAUGAUGAAUCUGAAACACACCAGCAAUCUGAGCAGUAUGGCAUCUUUGCGGGGCAGGUAAUUACAACUGUCAAAGAUGCUUGUAGAGCAGCUGUACUUCAGAAUAAGCCACGGCUUGUGGAAGCAAUGUACUUCUGUGAGUUGAACACGUCUACUGAAUAUUUGGGUCCCAUGUAUGCUGUGCUUUCCCGAAGACGGGCCCGCGUUUUGAAGGAAGAGAUGCAGGAAGGUUCAUCUAUCUUCACUGUGCAUGCAUAUGUUCCUGUUUCUGAGAGCUUUGGUUUUGCGGAUGAGCUUAGAAGGUGGACUUCUGGUGCUGCAAGUGCACUUCUUGUCCUUAGCCACUGGGAAGCACUACCUGAAGAUCCUUUCUUUGUACCCAAAACAGAAGAGGAAAUUGAAGAGUUUGGAGAUGGUUCUAGUGUUCCUCCAAAUACUGCGAGAAAGUUAAUGAACGCAGUCAGACGAUGUAAGGGCCUUCCAGUAGAGGAGAAGGUAGUACAGCAUGGAACCAAGCAGAGGACACGGGCUCGUAAAGUCUGAUGUUUUCCAUCAUUGUUGUGUACUUAGCUGUGAAGAGAGCAUGUAAUUGCUGAAUGUGAGUGUAGCCCAUACUUCAUACAGUGUAUCAUUAGGAACAAAUUUUCAGCAUUAGUUUCUUUUUAUGUAGCAUCAUUGAAGUUUUGUCACAUACAAUUAAGUUUUUAUACGAACGAGUAUGAUUGAUGACUUGA